AUGGCGCAGACCUAUGUCUCCAACGGUCAAUCCCCGACCCAUGACCAAUCUCAUCCUCUCACGACUGGAAAUCGCAAGAAGCAGAAGAGGAGGGCAAAGCAGCAGGCAAAGCUCAACCAUGGCUCCGAUGAAGCUUUCUCCGACAACCUUUCCCACCUCGGCCAACCUCCGUCGCUGCCAGAGGCCAUGUCGGACGAGGACGAGGACGAUGUGCACGUCAGCUACUCGGCGCGACCACCGCUGCCCAACGGCCAACACUCAUAUCCAAGUAAUGACGACUCAGUGGAACCUUCGCGCAAAAAGCGCAACAAGAAGAAGAAGCGUGGCAGCUCUCACCACUCGCCCUAUCCCGAGCAUUUGCGCCCUGCUAUGCACCAAUCCCCUAUACCGAAUUCUUUACCCAUGUCGACUGGGGCCUUGAGAUCCGGCCAGCGCUCUUCGAGACAAGACCGCAUCUGGAACACAUCGACCCAAGAAGAGCGCGAGCGCAUCAAGCAAUUCUGGCUGACACUCAGUGAGGAAGAGCGCAAAUCCUUGCUCAAGAUUGAGAAGGAGGCUGUCCUGCGUAAGAUGAAGGAACAACAGAAACACUCAUGCUCCUGUACAGUGUGUGGUCGUAAGCGCAUCGCCAUCGAGGAGGAGCUAGAGGUGCUUUAUGAUGCAUACUACGACGAACUUGAACAGUACGCCCAUCACCAAGGCGGCGAACCAGGACACGGCAUGCUACCACCUCCGCGCAGUUUACCACCCCCACAUCUCCACCCUUCCUCCGCCGUACCGUUACCGCUAAGCACUCAUCAUCAACAACCCCAUCACCGAACGAGUCCAGUCCAAGAAAUCAUGAACGACGAAGACGACGACCAAGAAGACGAGGGCAACGAAGCCGAUAGUCAAGGUAUGAGUGAAGAGGAGGAAGAGGAAUACAGCGACGAGGAAGACGACUUGUACAGCGACGAGGAGGACGAACCCGAGGACGAUAUACCGCGAGGCAUAGGCAACGACUUCUUCAACUUUGGUAACAGUCUGACAGUCAAAGGUAGGCCUGCUCUGCCGCUAGUUUGCUAUCUCCAAAUGGCUGAAGUGAUUUCAGGUGGCAUUCUAACUGUAGCCGAUGAUCUGCUCAAGAACGACGGCAAGAAGUUUAUCGAAAUGAUGGAACAACUGGCCGAGCGCAGGAUGCAGCGUGAACAAGAAGCAGAAUACAACUCGGCACAACCCUCGCAUACUUACACAUCCAACGGACAUGAGCCGCCGCUCGACGACGAAGAGUAUGAUGAUGAGGAAUAUGACGAAGAGGAGUACGACGAGGACAGCCAGGAUGAAGAGGAAGAGGACGAGACGGUAACACGGGAUAACUCUUGGGAAGUGGUCACGUGCGUCACUGACAAGGUACAGGGCGGCAUGACCGAGGAGCAACGCAUGGAAGAGGGCCGUCGCAUGUUCCAAAUCUUCGCCGCCCGCAUGUUCGAACAACGCGUGCUGACCGCCUACCGAGAAAAGGUCGCUGCCGAGCGUCAACAGAAACUACUGGAAGAACUGGAAGACGAAGACAAGAAGAAGGAGGAACGUGAAGCCAAGAAGGCUAGGGACGCUGAGAAGAAGAAGAACAAGAAACAGGCUCAGAAGCAAGCAAAGGCCGAGGAGAAGGCUAGAAAGGAUGCCGAAAAGGCAGCCGAAGAAGCCGCUGCAAAAGCCAUCGAGCAAGCGAAGCAAGAGGAAGCAAAGCAGAGGAGGGAAGAACAACGCAGGAAGAAAGAGGCCGAACGCAAGGCUCAGGAGGAAGAACGACAACGCAAGGAGGCCGACCGCUUAAAACGCCAACAAGAGGAACGCGAGCGACAGCAGGAAGCCGAACGUAAACUCCGCGAGCAAAAGGCGCUCGAGAAGAAGCAAAAGGAAGAAGCCCGCCAGAAAGAACGCGAAGAACGAGAGGCGCGCGAGAAGGAUGUCAAGGAGAAGAAGGCCCAAGCAGAGCGCGAACGAAAGGAACGAGACGCAAAGGCGAGAGUCGAUCGAGAAGCCAGAAAUCAGCAAACACCGCAGAUGGUCAAGCGUCCUUCGCAAGCCGGCAUGGUUGCUGUACCUCCAGGUCUACUUUCCAAGCAGGCUUCAUCAGUCAUGUCUUCACCACAUGUCCCUGUAGCCACGCCAGCUUUGCCCAAGCCUUCUACACCAGCGCAGCCUCGCCAAAGCUCUUUCCAGAGUCAAAACGCUACUUCACCCAAGUCGCAACAGGCUCCCGCCAUGGCUCCUACCAAAUCAAUCUCUCCAGGAAACGCUUUCAACCAGUCCAUGCCCAGAUCCAUCUAUCAGAAACCGCAGAAUCAGCAGCCUUUCGCGCAGCACCAACCCAUCUCGCCCGCCAGCCAGCUGCCACCACCCAGCAUGUACCCUCAACAUCAGAACAAUGGAUUCAAUGGUUUCCCUACCAGCAUGACUGGUUUCCCUGGCUUUGGUACUCCUCAUGGACCCAUGAUGCAUCAUCGUCCUUCACUACCCGGUUUCUCUAACGGACCAUUCGGCAGUGGGCCCUUCCAGCCUAUGCAACCUGCCAAUUCUAUGCCCACUCCUCCGCCUGGCAUGACUGGGCUUGGAGUCAUGGCACAGGGUCGUGGUUACCCGCUCGAGAGCCCUCCUGGAUUCCAGCAACAGAUGCCACCAGUCGGAUCGCCCACUGCUCCACCUGGUUUCGGACCCACACGCCACAGUAUUGCCUCGCACUCUCGUACUCACUCAUCCGACAAGAACACAUUCGACUCCAUCAGCUCUCCUGCACCCAUCACCCGCCCAACUCCCAUUCAGCGACCCUCAUCUAUAAGGCCAAACAACUCUGAUAUGGAUGACUUGAGCAAGCGCCUUGGUAGUAGUGCGCUGGUUGGUGAUGCAGAUGAGCCACUGCCCUCAGUGCCAGAGAGUCGUCGGGCUAGCGCCAUCGCUGGACCCCGUGGCUUUGGGUCGCCUGUGUUUUCACAGAAUCAACCACGCAUGGACAUUUUUGGUGCUAACAGUAGUUGGACAUCACCUUCGAUGUUCGGUGCUCCGCCUGGCUUCUCUACACCCAGCUCUUCGUGGAAUCCCAAUGCAAGUAGCGGCUGGUCAUCCAUGCCCUUCGGCGGGUUGGGUCACCGUCCCUCGGGUCCCAACCGCCCUUUGUCAAUUCGCAUAGCUGUAUGUAACGCAUGCAAGGCACUGACAGCUCGGGAACCUACACCUGAUAACUACCACUCUGUCGAAACUCUCCUGCGCCAGAUUGAAGGCUCUAGAGUCAUGCUCGAUAGCCCAAUCACAAUCAAGGAGAUUGAAGCCAUCUGCGAGACUGAGGGUGAUGCCCAAAACGGUGGUGGGUUCUUGCAUGCUCGUCACGAGCCUUCUACGCCUGGUGGCUUUGCAGUCAAGUUCGAGCCCGAUGCCGGUACUCCUGGAACCGGAAGACAUUCUCACUCACUGGGCCCGAUUAGUAGUCCCGUGCCUGGUCACUCAGUACCUGCCACUGGCUUCGGAGGUGCGACAGCAACAGGAAGAGGUACAAGCUUCCAGAGUUUAGGCUCUGCCAUGGCAACUUCCGGGUCUUCAUAG